AUGAUCACCCGUAUUACAAAAGUAAACACAAGAUAUUUAAGCACUUCCAUUCGUGCAUUAGCUAACAAGCCAGAGGAUGUAGAAUCACACACAAAUUCACCCUGGCAGACGUCGAUUAAGGAGGGCCAAGCGACGAAGGAAUACCCUGGUGUGAAGCCAUCUAAUGAGGCAGAUAAACAGGCACUUGGCUCUGCUGCUGCUGAUCAAGUUGGUGGUCAACCUAAUGGACAUACAUCAGCGGGUGAGACACACGAUGUACCGGAGCCAGGUCUUAAGGAUAAAUUCAAGAAAGCUCUCGGUAUGUCCACAGAAACGGAGAGUAAGAAAGGAAGAACCUAUACGACAUUAGCACGUCAAUUUUCAUCAACUAGCGCGGCAAAUAAGGCGCCAAAUGAACCUAAAGAAGAGACAAACAAUGAGCAAUCUGGUCAUAUAAACCACCGCAGAGCAUCAGAUAGCCAACCAUUGCAUGGUGCAGAUGCAACAGGAAAGCCUGCUCGUUAUAGUGACGCAAUUGCCAAUGAGGAGGGUCUUCAUGGUCCAGCCAGAGGCGGAUAUGUGCACGCCUUGCCAAGCGCAGAAGCAGAAAGCCAAGGCAAAUCAUCAGCUUACCCAAGUAAUGAUAGUGUCGUCACUGAGAACUACCCAGCUGCAGAUUUAGACAGAGUAAAACCAUCUGGUGCUGCUCCAGGGUCAAGCACUGUAUCUCAUCAAAUUCCAGAAAGUGUUAGAGAAAGUGUGACUCGAACAACAGAUCCAGAUGCUUUAGGAUCUAGCAAUCGUCUGAGACAUGGCCAAGCGCCAGGCAAGGAUUUCGAUGGGGAGGGUUCUCUGAUGAAUGAUGUACCAAGAGAGAGAGUCGAACCAAACACAGAAUUGGGUAAACGUGGUGUAACUCUCCCACCACCACCACGCACACAAGAGGAACUCGAUAAAUUGCAUCCAGGUAGGAAGAAUCCACCAAAGUGAUUUAUAUGAUCUACGCGACCCAAAAAAUCCCGAAUAAUUCUAUAAAAUAUUGAUAAAUACAAUUCUGUUUUGAUAAUCUACUGCUUUGGAAUCUCAACCUUUUCCACUUGCUCAGCAACGCUGUCGAUUGAUUGUUGUUGGAAGUUAGCCGCUGACGCUUUUGCUUUGUUCUUCUUGGCUUCAUUCUUAGCUUUCUUCGCUUCUUUCGCAGCUGCAGCUGGAUCGAUAGGUGGUGGGUAUGCAGCUUUUUCAAUUGCCUUGAACUCAGCAUCAGAUUCAAAUGUAUUUCUGAUUGGGUCAAGGAGGGUGUUGAUUGCUUCUUCAACAGCCUUUUUAAGGUCACCUGGGUGGACUGCCUUGUUUGCGAAAUCUUCUUCAAGUUUUGUGUAUUCGGUGUAAUGCAAUGAACCUCCGAAUCUUUCUGGACGGGUGACUGAGUAUAAAUCUUUCUCAUCAGCACCUUCACCAACGAAUGGUGAUUUUCCCUUAGCUUGUUGCUUGUAUGCAGCAAUUGGGAAAACAACGGCCUUCAAGAAGGCCAAUAAACCAUUUUCUUCAAUGUUACCUUCCUCACAGAAUGCUAAUUUGAUCUUCUUCUUGACGUCUGCAGCCGAGUCCAAGAAAUCAAUCUUUGAGUUUGGAUCUGAGGAAGACAUUUUUCCACCUGCCAAACCAGGUACCAUUGCAUUCAUAAGGUGGGCCCUCUUGGCAUAGCCGAGCUUUGGUAAUACGGAUUCAGCCAUAACGAAGAUCUUUCUUUGGUCUACACCACCGAAUUGGAAAUCACAACCGAGAUGCUCCUCAUCGAGGGCUUGAAGACCAGGGUAGAGCAUACCGGAUAAAAGUGGAGAGCUGACUUGUUUGACGACCUCUGCACCAGCUUUCUUUGCGUCGUGCUCUGUCGUCAUAGCAGCCAAUCUGUAAUUGUCCAUCGAGUAUUGAGGGGUGAGUUGGUAGCUUGAACCGACGACGAAAAUGAGCUUAUCGACUGGUACAUCCAAGCUAACAAAAAUAGCUCUCAAUAACUUUGUGUAGUACUUUACUCUGUCCUGUACCAAUUCGAAUGGUGCUUUCAUGUUGUCUAAGAAAGCGUGGAUGUCUGCUAACAAAAUCUUGACUUCUACGCCGGCUCUAAGGAAGUCUGCGAUUUUGACGAGUGGUACAAAGUAUCCGACAUG